AUGGCGGUUAGGCAGGCUAGCUGUAGGGCCUCGGUUAUCUGCUGCAGUGGUGAUUCAGCGUCUGCCACGGCAUUUGUUUUCCUGGCGAUCCUGGCACCCCAUUUGGUGUGCUCCCACUCGCAGCUGCAACGCAAGAAAGCGCAUUUUCGGCUAGCCGCGACUACGGCACAAGACGGAGCAGUGCCCGGCGUGGUGAUGCCCCAAGGUGAUCCAGCGGCUCUCCCAAACACCCAGAAAAGACACGCAGAGGACGAAGGAAGCUGCUCACCCUCCAAAAAAGCGCUGGGCGAUUGUUACAUGGAAAAGGCUGCAAUUCGCGCACAGGAAGCCAAUCUCCCCACAACCGUCCGGGUGCAGCCACCGGUUGCUCCCGGCCCAUCGGAUACCGGGACGCUGAGCGUGGUCCACUCGGGAGAGCUGCUGAGCCACUUCCUAGAAGUCGAUAAGGACGACGAAGAUUGCUCGAGUUCUAAAAAGACAUUGGGAGACUGCUUCGGAGGGGCCGCCCGAAUCAGUUACCAGAUCUUAGUCAACAAACCAGGGAUAUCGCUUUUCACUGGCAACAUUUACGGUGGCCACGUCUGGUUCCGAAUAGCGGGGAUAGAGAUGGUUGUCGACAUGCUCAAUGCGAUGGCCUUCGAUGUGCUGACUUUGGGAAUUUCGGAAUUUGCCAUUGGUCCCCGUGGCCUGGUACCCAUGUUCCGCCAGCUCGAUACGAAGACGAAAAUAGUUAUCUGCAACGUUGACUUCAGCCGGGACCCGACACUGUCCAAGCUACCGAACAAGCCGACCCGCUCUGUCAUACUCACCGUGGACAACCUCAAAGUUGGCAUCACAGGCUACGUAUCCUCAGCACUGCGCAAUCGAGGCCAAGCCCUCACCAUCACUGUCAGCGAACCAGCGGAAAGCCUCCGGAACGAGUCCAAGAAGCUGCGAGAUCUGGGCUGCCACAUCGUGCUCGCUAUCGGUGGGGGCGACACCACCGAAGACCGCAGUCUGGCUGACAACCUGCCCGAUAUCACGGCGUUCGUGGUGAAAUACCGUGGCCGCUUCGCAUACCCUUCUACGGGGGCCAAGAAACACACGCUGGACUUCGACCAGGACCUGGAGUACCCGAUAAACUUCACGCGGACGGUUGACGGCAAACAGGCGUACAUAUUCGCCUCUACAAAUCAUUACCAACUGCUUAGCAAGUUCUUUAUCACUGUGAACACUGACCACUCGAGCGUGCUCAGUGCCAAGGGCGAUCCCGUGAUGCUAGACAUCAACGCUACAGAAGACCAAAAGACCCGAGACCUAAUGAACCACUACAUAAGCAUUGUCGGCCCGAAAGCCACUGAGGUCGUCGGGACCACAAAGGUAUACAUUGAUAAUAGCAGGGAAAGCUGCCAGUGGCGCGAGUGCAACGGUGGGAACCUGCUCGCAGACGCGGCGUUUGACUACUUUUCCGAGGUGGCCGUCGCCGGCGCCUGGAGCCAAAUUAAUGCCGUGGUCGUCAAUGCGGGCGCCUUGAGCAGCAGCUUCGAUGAGCGAACCAAAAGUGGAGAGGUGCGGCUUGAGGACGUGUUCCAAAUGUUCCCGUUUAACGACCAGUAUGUCUUCGUCACUAUGCGGGGAACCACACUUCAAAACAUGAUGGAGCACUCGGGCAGAUCUUCUGCACCCUACACGAAGUUUCUGCAAGUCUCUGGCAUCCGUGUGCGGUACAAGUCCAAGGCAGUUGUCAACGAGACCAUCGUAUACAGCCUGGUCAUCUUAUGCACGUCUUGCCGGACGCCCACAUACGAGCGCGUCAUUUCGAUACAGUGGUACACGGUGGCCAUGUCCCGGUACCUCGCUCACGGCGGCGACGGCUACGACUUCACGCGAGUGCCCCGGGGAUACAAAGUUCCAAGCAACAUAACCGACGACAUCAUAAUGCGCCAGUACCUGAAGAAGCACUCACCCAUCAUGCCAAUGCUGGAUGGCCGUAUCAGCUUUCAGAGUGGUGCGCAAGAGCUCCGCGCCCCCUACUGGACACGGAUGGCAGUGCCGAGCCUAUGCGCUGCCGUGGCAGUGGCUCUAGCGGCCUCCACAUGAGCAAGCCUCCGCAGUACCUGUAGAUGUACACCGGCGCGGCUGAGUACAUCAUGCCUUGCUCCAUAGGAGCGCGUCUGCAAGCGCUUCAUUUUCACGUUCCGCGUUCUGCGCACACUUACACGCG